GGAAUGACAGAGCAGGAGAGGAAAUAGAUACGGUGGAAGAAGGAACUAGAACGGAAUCGGAUCACGUGCCGCUGGAGGUGGAGCUGUUAGGACCCCGGGUGGUGGAGACAGGGAAAGGGAAGAAGGAAAUAGUAGUAGAGAGAAGCGACUGGACAGAAGAAGGGAGGAGAGAAUAUCAUGAAAAAUGCGAAGGAUGGAAAAGUACACAGACAAAAACAGAAGACAUUUGGAAAGAGAUGAAAGAAAAAGUAAAGAGCGCUAUCACGAAGCGGAAGAAAAAAAUAAUACCUUGGAGGUUAGGAAGAAGAGAGUGGUAUAAUAAAGAAUGGAAAGAAAGGAAAAGAAGAUUGAGGAGAUUGAUGAGGGAAUGGAAGAAGGGAAGGAUCGGAAAAGAUGAGUAUGUGAAGGAAAGAAAGGAGCACAAGGAAUGGUGUAAAGAGCAAAAGAGGAGGCACGAAAGCGAGGAAGUAGAAAAGAUAAGGAAAGUCAAAAAUGAAGCGGAAGCUUGGAAGUAUAUAAACAAAUACAGGAAAAGGAAGGCUGAGGGGAUAAGUGAGGAGAUACAGAUGGAGGAGUGGAGAAAUCAUUUCAUGGAAAUACUAGGAGGGACAGAGGAAAGAGUUAUGUUAGAAAUAGAAGAAGAAGGAGAAGAGGAUGGUGAGAGAGAGGAGGUGGCAGAGGGAAUAGAAGAAAUAUCGAGGGAAGAGGUGAUCGAAGUAAUAAAAAAACUGAAGAUGGGAAAGGCAACGGGAGAGGACGGAAUUGAGAACGAGGCAUGGAGAUUUAUGCAGAAGGAGAUGGGAGAAGAAUUUUUAAAAUUAAUUAACAGAAUCUGGAAAGGAGAGGGCAUACCGGGAGACUGGAAUAAAG